CUAGCAACUGUCUCCGGUCUCCAUGGGAACAUACACACAAAGCCCGGAGCCAGUGACCGAUCGGAGGAAGUUGUGUGUUCAGAACGAUGAACGAGAAGAUCGGCGGAGAUCAGCUGCAGGAGCUGUAUGCCUGGAUAGACCAGAUCCCUCUGAGCCGCCCCAAGAAGAACAUCACCCGGGACUUCAGUGAUGGAGUUUUGGUUGCAGAAGUUACAAAACAUUUUUUUCCCAAGAUUGUGGAAAUACACAACUACAUUCCAGCAAACUCGACCCAACAGAAACUUUGCAACUGGGCAACUUUAAAUCGCAAAGUAUUUCCCAAGCUGAACUUCCACAUUCCAGAUGACAUCAUCCGUAAGUUGAUUGCCAAUACACCAGGAGUGAUUGAGCCAGUUCUAUAUACUCUGCGACAGAAGAUCAAUGAAGGACUGCAAGAUAAGAACCAGAGAGAGAACAAUGCACAUCAAAUGAAGGCAUGUGAAUACUUCAGCACACAAACUGGACAACCUACAUAUGGUUCUACAGUUGUUGCUUUACCCACGUAUGGCAGGACAUUUCCCCAUGUAAGUCCAACAGAUCAGGCACACAAUCACCCAAAAAGAACGGAUGGCUAUUCACACCCCUAUGCACAUCUGGAGUCUAGUGUACGUCUGUUGUUGGAAGAAAAGGAGCUAGAAAUGCUAGGACUGCAGGAAACUGUACAAAUACUUCAGAUGAAAGUCCAGCGCCUGGAGCACUUGGUGCAGCUGAAAGACCUGAGGAUAGAGGAUUUAACAAAGCACCUAAAUAAACAAAGAUUGCAAAAGAAUAUCACUUAAGAUCUUUACUUUAGAACUAGUCAAGAAUGUAAUUAUCAACACCACUAAGCAUCUUACAAAUUCCCAGAAGACAUGCUCAGGGACUUUCCUCAUACUCAUCGAAUUUGAGCAUUGGAUUGAACAAGUGCCUCUUUUUGUCCUUUGUUUUUUUUUAGGUAUAGAAAAGAACACUAUAGUUGUAGGAUAAUAUAUACUGUACAUUGUGUGUGCAUAUAAUAUAUGUAGAAAUACUUUUCAAAUUAAAAUUCUAUUGACAUAACACAA